GUGACUCAUGUACGUGAGCGGUCGAUCGAUCCAACGCGUCGUGUUUCCCGCUGGGCAAGGCGAAAGCUCGAACUUGACACGUCGUGACCUGGAAAGGUGUCAGGCCCUUCUCAGACAGCGGGCGAAAAUUAUCCGGAAAAAUCUUUACCGGAGGAAGAACCAUCAAGCGUACUGCCGUAACGUAUCAACUACGUUUGCAAGGAGAAUAGUAUGUAUAAAGAAGUCCACCUUCGGGAAAUCAAACACGAGUGUUCGCGAUCGGGAGGACUACACGCUUACCCCGAUCACUUCAGGGAACCUGAGGAGGGCCUCUAAAAAACCAUUCGAAUUCAUGAACAUCUGAGGGUUCCCGUCCUCUGGUAGGACUUUGUAUAUAGUGUACAUACAUCGCUUGCCUAACAAGUCGAUCCUGCCCCGGAGGGAGGGAGAGAGAAAGGAGGAUCUAUCACGCGGGAGCGAACAAUCGAUACCGCCGGGGGAAAGAGAAAAAGAGGGGGAAAGAGAGAGAGAGAAAGAGGAAAAAUAACCAAAAAAAAGGAAAGAAAAAAUUCGUCGAGAGUACUGUAGAGCACUCUGUUUUCUCCACGAGGUCGUCGCACGCGCACCCUUGACAGCACGUAUCCAUAGUAACUGAGGGGAGAGAAGAGAGAGAGAGAGAGAGAGGGAGUGAGAAAUAAGAAAAAGAGAUCGAGCGCUGAAAAUAGAGCGGAAGUCAUGAAGCAAGGAGCGCAGGAGGACUUCUCCCUCGGUUGGAAGCUGCUGACCGCAGGCACCGCCGCCUGCAUCGCCGACCUGGCGACCUUUCCGUUGGACACCGCCAAAGUCAGAAUGCAAAUCGCGGGGGAGGGUCAAGCCAUGCUGCUGGCGUCGGCCGAGGGUUCGGUCCUUGCGAUGAGAGCGAGCCAGCCCGGACUGCUGCAGACCAUCGGCAACAUCGUCCGACUCGAGGGAGCGAGGAGCCUGUACGGAGGUCUGUCCGCGGGACUCCAGAGACAGAUGUGUUUCGCCAGCAUACGGUUGGGCCUCUACGACAGCGUCAAGUCACUCUACGCCGGAAUCAUCGACGCAGGUAAUAGUAGGAGCGGCGGCAUGAACAUCGGCGUGCGCGUCGCCGCGGGGAUCACAACGGGCGCUUUGGCGGUGCUCAUUGCUCAGCCGACCGACGUCGUCAAGGUCCGCAUGCAAGCUGGAAAUAAUGGGCGACCGUCGAUGAGGUAUAGCUCCACUCUGCAGGCGUACAAGAAUAUCGCCCACAUGGAGGGCGCACGAGGCCUUUGGAAAGGAACCCUGCCGAACGUCUCGCGGAAUGCGAUCGUGAACGUGGCAGAGAUAGUCUGUUAUGACAUCAUCAAGGACCUGAUCCUAGCCAGCGGCUAUCUCCGCGACGGAGUCCCGUGUCACUUGACCGCCGCGACGGCCGCCGGACUCUGCACCACCCUGGCGGCCAGUCCUGUGGACGUGAUAAAGACGCGUUACAUGAAUAGCGCGCCCGGCGAGUACAAGGGCGCGAUAGACUGCGCUGUCAGGACCUUCGUCCAGGAGGGCCCGUUAGCCUUCUACAAGGGUUUCGUGCCGAGUUUCUCGCGCCUGGUUUCUUGGAACAUCGUGCUCUGGGUCACCUAUGAACAGAUCAAGCUGCAGAUGAAAAAAAUGCACGGCAUUGAAUGAGGAGGUCCUUGUAAACCAGCUGAGGGGAGAGAGAAAGAGAGAGAGAGAGAGAGAGAGAGAGAAGAUCGGCGUUAAACAUCGGUGUAAUCCAUCGUAAUCUUAUGUUAUCUUGUCAAAAUUCGCGUUCUGCAUAGAAAAAUAUCGUACGCUUAGGGUAAAACGCGCGAGUUCAAUAUGUAGACGAAUCGAAGGUAUUCCGCCAGAUGGAAGAGAGAAAGAGAGAGAGAGAGAAUAUCGUGUGCUCGACGAUAAAAUACGAUCUCGUGGUCGGCGAUGACGACGAAUAUCCUCUGUGUAUUACCGUUUCUUCUUCUUAUUCUCUUCUUUCCUUUCGCUUCGUGUUGAUGUGAGCGUAGUGCGAACACCCGCGCUUAUCGUCGACGCUAUUGUUCGACGCGACGGUCGACCCUUGCCUCGCUCGUUAAUCGACGAAAAAUUAUUUGCGCUUCGGGAAACACCGGCUGUAGCCAGGCAUAGCGAGAAGAUAGAACGACGAUUCGAUUUGUUUCUUUCGAUUUUCAUUCGAGUGUAUACACGAAAAAAAACAGAGAGAUAGACGCGUGACACAACGCGCACACACACACACAAAACGUACGCGCGAAGCAACACGCAAAAGAAACAGUAGAGGUUUCUUGACGUACUUAUAUAGAAACUUUCGGCUUAACGUCGGCUUUCUCUACGCUCAUAAAGCACAGUAGGUUCUACUCCUCGCGGCGAGGUGGAUUACGCGACAUCGACGGCAUCGUUAACGCGCGAAACAGACAAUAACGUAAACCCAGCUUCAUCUCGAUGUGUUGGCUUGCGCUCUACGUAGACGGCGAUGUGUUCCCUUCCUUCUCCUUUUUCCCCCUUUCCGCGGUCGCGCUUCGACUGUCAUCAAAUCCGUAGCGCGCAGUUACUCGCAUAUAUAUAUACACAAAGUAAUCUCGAUUCGGUCAAUUAAUAUUGUAUUGAAACAUUGUACACGUACACACACAUAUACAGGGCACAAUUUUCCUCGUAGCUCGAUCUCGACGAAUUUUUUCGACGCCACCAUUGCCAUCGAAUAAUUUUAGAUCCGCAGGCGGCUCGCGUUAAAGGUAUCUCGAUCAUCACGUUAGUACGUGUUAGUUAAGUGUAACCCGCUGUUUUGUACGUGAUGAAAUACAGCCAUUGCCAAAUCCAAUUAGGGCGCGACGAAGUAUUGUUCUGAGAGAGAGAUAUAUAUAUAUAUAUAUAUACGUAUAUCCACGCAAUAUAUGUGCGUAUUGCCGAAUUUCGACGACGAUAAUUUCUUGAUUCCGAAGUGACACGUUCGAUUGUAUUACACACACGCACACCCACGCGCGGAAGUUCCACGGGACUGACCGUGAUGCUUGAUUGACGAAUUGUUUUUUUCAGAAACUAGAUAUUUUACUACGGGAAUAAGGUCGAUUUUGUCUCCCCUUCUGAUUUCCGUUAAACAAUUUUUUUGUAUUAUAUGUUCAUUAGAAAAGUCAAAAGUAAUCAUUAAUAUAUAAUAAUAUAAUAAUAAUAUAAUGAUUAUAUUAUUAUGUAUUAAUAAUUAUUUUUCACAUUCCUCAUGAUCAUACAAUAUAAAAAAUUGUUUAAUGAAAAUCGGGAGGGAGCAGAAAAACGGACCUUACCGACCCUUCUCCUUCGCACGAGGAAUGAAAAGAGAAGUACAUACGCGUUAGAGAAAAAGCAGUAUAAGAAAUCCCGCAAUUCAGUCAGGAAAGAUAGCCCGAUGGAUUCCUCUUUGCGUUUUCUAAUUUCCUACCAGCUGCCGAUGGUCCACCGAUUUUCCAAAUUCCGUCACCGAUUAUCGCGUAGCACGCGUCACUGUGAAUACUGCUUUCGAAACGCUUGAACAACACAACGCGGCAACAGCUCUGAACCUUGCGGAAUUGCAAUUAGCACCUGAUAAAUACGUCAGUACGGAUGCGAGGGUUUUUUCCUUCUUUCUCAACGUAAAUCGAAGCUAUCACAUUCCGCGGAGAGUGAACGAUCUCGGGAAGUGUCAAGGGCGAGGUCUCGUGAAAGUCACCGGGAAAUCACAACUCGAUAACAUUUAUUUUUUCCUACGCUUGGUACAAUUACACGUUACGUAUACAAAGUA